AUGCCUCUGACGGUAGUUACCUACAAAGAUUUGUACGGCUGGACGAUGGAUGAGAUCGUGGCAAAGAUAGGAAAGAAAAAUAAUUGCACAUUUUGUGGUGUCUUCCGUCGGCAAGCUCUGGACCGACGCGAUGAUAUUGGCGGAAAACCAGUGCUGAUAGAACAUACUUACGGUGGCCGAUGUUGCGAGACUCAGAACUUCAACGUGUUCACGAGCGCACUCCGACUGGCCAAACGAAGGCGAACUUCCAUCGAGAUAAACGUUGAAAACAAGAACGGCAUUCGAGAG